AUGGCUGCAAAAACAGGUGGUGGUUCCGUUGUUCAGCCUCUGCAUCCACCAUGUCCAAAAUCACCUCCGAAGUAUCCGGAUUUGUAUGGGAAACGAAGGGAAAAGGCUAAAGUUCAGAUGCUUGAGAGAGAGAUUACUUUUCUUGAGGAGGAGUUAAAAUCUGUUGAAGGUUUCCAACCGGCUUCAAGAUCCUGCAAAGAGGUUACGGAUUUCGUAAUGGCAAAUUCGGAUCCUUAUAUACCACCUAGCAGUAAGAAUCCAAAAUCAUGUGGCUUUUGGAAAUGGCUUUGUGGAUUGCCCUGCUGUAACUCGCCAUGCCUCUGCUGUUGCUGUAAUUCCGGGUGCAGUCGCUGCGAUUGUAAUCUAUGUAACUGCAGAUCAUGUGACUGCAUGUCCUGCAACUGCUGCAGCUCUUUGGAUGAAGAGCCGUGUAGAUGCGGUUCAUGUAAGUGCAGCGCAUGUGAUUGCAGUUCGUGUUCUAGCUGCUGCCGGGCUCCGAAAUGGCGGUGCUGCUCUUGUCCUAAACCACAUUGCUGUAGUUUGGGGCUUCCUCCGUGCACAAACUGCUGUUCUUGCAGAUGGAAAUGCUCGUCUUAAAUGUCCCAAGGUAUGGGAUUGCUGCAGUUGUACAAAAACCUGUUGUAACCCA